CAAGCUGCAUUUCGAAAACGGCCAGUUGGGCUGAUCGUGAAAGCUCGACUUUUCCGAUUGCGUCGCCAACCAUCGACGUUCACGUUCCCACGUGCUCACGUUCAACACUCAGAGAUUUGGCCAAGAUGACCAUCGACACACAUAUCACCGAUCCCUCCCUCGCUGCCGUCCUCGAAACGUCCAGAGCAGCACGAGAGCAAGCCCAAGAGCUUGUUGAUCUCGUUGCCCGAGUUAUCGACGAUGCCACCAAUGGCGCCGCUCGCUCCGAAACGCUGAUUGAGGUAUCGAAGCAGCAGAAGCUUCUGAAUACCAAUCUCGCCCACCUACGCGGACUUCACCGCGCAGCACACUUUCGGGCCCGCGAGACCAAGAGUCAGACGGCUGAGGCACGACACGAGGUGGAUGUGCUGCAUUUGCAGCUACAGAACCUGUACUACGAGCAGAGACAUCUAGAGGGCGAGAUAUCGGCGUGCGAGUCUUUCGAUCACACAUAUCAGCUUCUGCCGCUGAUUCCGGUCGAGGAGUUCCUUGAACAACACCCCGAACAUGCCCAGGAUGACGAGAAUUCGUUGAUGGUGGCAAGGAUCAACCACGAGCGGAAGGAGCGCGAGGCCUUGGAGCAGCAGCGGCUCGAGCUGCAGAAGCGAAAGCAGAAGCUCAUUGCCGAGAACAAGAAGCGAAGGGAUGACUUGGCAAAUCUGGACAAAGAUCUGGAGAAGUUUAUCGACGCCGCAAAACCUAUCCAGAAGAUAUUCGAGAAGGUGGUCUGAGAAAUGCCAGCUGUGGCCCUUCCAGGGUCACUUCUUCACCCUGCUUGGGGUUUCCGGCUUGCACAAAUGCCGACGAUGGCUAU